AUGUUUUCAAGUCCAACCCCCGCCCCUGGCACUCUUGCGUCGACUACGCUCCGAAAAGCAGGACUUAUCGACGGAGACGCCACCAUGCGGGAUGUCACAGACAAACCAGGAGGUCGAAAGGGUUCUUCCAAGAUUCGGUCGCAUAGAACGCGUGCCAUAGAAGCACAUUUGGGACCUUCACGAACGCGCAGGGAUGACGCUUUCAUUUCCGUCGCUGGACUUUGUAAUCUUGCAACUUACGCUCGCUCGCAGUCUUCUCUGGCUACGCGCAUGGCACCGUCAUCAUCAUCAUCAUCACCCUUGACACCGGCAGCUUUGUCCAUCCGUGGCGCAUCCAUGAGGCGGGCGGGUGACCGGCGCCGUUCUGCUGCAAUAGUUCCGGGGUUGGUGUCCAGUAGUCGAAAGAGCGCAAUAGAACCGUGGAAAGAGUUCGUUAAGAGGCGUUAUAAUCCCGAGUUACAACUGCUCAACCUUUCCAACAUGAUCGAAGAUGAAGUCGUCAAGAAACACAACUUGACACCACCAGGUCAUGGUGGGUCCGCGAGAGAGGCGGGCGUCAUCUUCAAGCUGGCGAAGCUGCUCCAGCCUCCAGUGUUGAAACUUGAUCUCAGCCAUAAUCAUCUUUCCGGCGCACACCUCAGCCUUCUCUCCCAUUACCUGGGAGACAUUGAGGCGCUUUCACUGCAGAGCAACAACAUCAGAAAUUACAAGGACCUUGACAUCCUCACCGGCAGGGCUGGCAAAGUGCAGAUGCUACGACUUCAAGAGCUUAUGUUGUCCGGCAAUCCGUUACAAGUCAGCGAGUAUGAAAAAGGUCGCGCGGAGUUCUAUAAGAGCGAGGUUACCCGACGCUUUCCUACAAUCACACUACUAGAUCAGGAACCCAUUGUUCGAAUAGCUUUCGACAUUCCUCAAGCGUCCUCGUCUUCAUCGUCCGUUCCUAAGCCCUUCGCCACUUCUUUCCCCUUUGACAUGGGUCCUUCCAUGAUUAACGGUGCAAGUCCGGAUCUCGUGAAUUCGUUCCUCUUUCGUUACCUCGACACAUUCGACAAGAGCCGCGCGUCACUUUUAGAUGCUUAUGAUCCCGCUUGCACUUUUUCCUAUUGCGUUAACACCUCCAUACCAGAGCGUGCUCGACUUCAGGGUCUUCACAGUAGACUGCCUAAUCAAAAGAAACUUGAUUGGAAUAACUGGUUGGACGUUAAAGAUGGUGGUUCCAGAAACCUGUCGAGAAUGCGGUCUUGGGCAGAUAAGCAGGAUACAAGACUGAAUGUAGGGGCCGAGGCGACCAUCAAGGCACUCCUGUCACUCCCACAGACGCAUCACGACAUAGCAGGUCCAGGAGAAAACUUUUGUGUAGACGGGAUGAUAGUGCCUCAUGGGAGUGAUGUUGCCUUGAUGGUCAUGAUUCAUGGACAGUUCGCAGAAAUGCCAGCAGAAGGCCUGAGGUCUUUCGAUAGAACAUUCAUAUUAACGCCAGCUGCUGCGGGGACCAGGGCCAAAAUGAACGGUUGGGAUGUUGUUAUCGUGUCGGAUCAGUGGACAAUACGUGGCUACUCAAGUCCGGAGGCAUGGAAGCCAGGUCCCAUGCUCGUCCAUGCUCAGAAGCGAAUGCCGAAGAAAGCGCAGGAUUCGUCAACGCCUGUUCAACAGACGCCACAGCAGCAACUUGGUCAGGAACAGCUUCUCCAGCAGAUUGAGGAGCCUGCACGCUCUGUUGUCCUGCAAAUAUGCCAGCGAACUGGAAUGACUGUUCCGUUUGGCUACGACUGUCUGUCAAGAAACAAUUGGAAUUUGGAGGCUGCCAUUGCGAAUUUUGAAGCAGUGAAGGGAACAUUAGGCAGGGAGGCAUUUGUCUAAAGUGAGGGUGUCAACAAGCGUUCCGGGAUGUUCAUCAAUCGCCUCAUGGGUUCCUGAGCCUUCACAAUUUCCCUUCAUUAUGUUUUAUCUCGCGUUUUCACUGUGCUUUCUCGUUUUCAUCUACUCAUAAAAGCAAUCACAAUUAUAUAUCAUGAACCUGCGCAUCCUCUAUGAACCGUCAUUGUAUAUUUACCAACGCAUCUCAUCACUAUACGUAUGAAUAUUUGAAUGUCUUUACUAAGCUUGUGGCUGGAAGGGAUUUGUGUAUCGAAUUAUCAAAGGUUGAAGAAGGGAU